CGCACAAUAAUGGCUCCAAGGAAUAACGCUGCAAAGACAUCUUCACCAGGUGGAAAUGAAACUCUCCGGCACUUUACUCAUCCUCAUGUUUUAAUCAAGGAAGCUCUAGAUCAAACAGUUUAUACCAGUAACAGGUUUGGAUGUGAUGGCUGCGGCAUGGAUGGUGCUGGUGUUAGAUAUCAUUGCAAGCCAUGCGGCUUCGAUCUCCAUGUGGACUGUGGUACAUGUCCUGAGCAGCUCACCAAUUUCAUUCAUCCUGACCAUCCAUUGGAACGGAUAUGGGAGGGACCGGAGAGUUAUGGAUGGCGUCCUUGCAAUGUCUGUGGUGAUGAAGUCAAAAGUCUGUUUUACAAAUGCUCAUCCGGUGAUGCUGAAAAAAGUUACCAUGAUGAGGGGCAUUACUUCUUCCUCCACCCUUCAUGUGCAAAACUUCCACCGCAAUUAAUUCUCAAUCUUCAAUCGGUUCCGGUUAUUCCUGUUGACACUUGCUGUGCAAUCUGUGGAGACGUUGUUUCUUCCUCUUCGUGGAGUUACAGAUCUGAUGCAUAUGGUCUCGUUAUCCAUCCUCAGUGUGUUACUCUUCCAAAGGAGAACGUUCAUCAGUCUUCUGGAACUCGUUCUUCGGCUCUAUCACAAGUGGAACAGGCUGAAGCGGAUGCAGAUGCUUUGGCAGCUGCUAUGUACGCUGCUAAAAUGUCUGCAAAAACAAAUAAAUUUAUUCUAAAAAAUCUCAUUUAAGUGACGCACCAGAGAAGAUGGAACUUCUUUCUGUGUUGGAUUGUCCGUCUGUUUUGGAGCUGGAUCUUCCAUUAUGGGGUUGGAUCUUAAUUUCAGACGAAAGUAUGUUUCUUCUGUGGUUCAAACUUCCCGGGAGAUGUUUCAAGAUAGCAUGAAAGGACUUCCAUCUACAGAUCACAAUUUAGCAAGGAGGAAGCCCUUGCUGCUGGAAGAGAAGAUGGUUUCAACCAUGCAAAUGCAUAUUUGAUUGAAUUGGAAAUUGUAAUUAAUUAUACAAAAGUUGC